GAAUGCUUUGAUGGCCCCGGCAGCCAAAGCAGCACCGCCAGCGCAGCCACCACAAACGCCUGAGCCAACGGUGAGAGCCCCUACGCCCAUGGAAACGCCACCCGACAGCAAUCCUCCUCGACCCGACGCCCCGAAGAGGAUGCUGCAGUUGGACACAGUCGAGCUGAGCCCCCCAAAGCCCAACACCGCCGCAGCUCACGUGAAGGAUGUCACACAUCAGGAAACCCAGCCGUGGAUGUAUGUUGACACCCAGAUCAACAAGCUUGACAGUGCAGAGACUCUGGUACUGGGCCAAACCUUGAGCCUGGAAAGGCUCUCUACUUCCAACUCACUUGCGGAAAGCAGCCCUGCGGAUGAGAUUGAAACACUCCUCGAGCAAAGCGUGGAUGAUCAGAUAGACGCAGAAGAACAAGAAGAGCUAAAGCUGCAGCAACAGGCAGCCGAGGCAGCAGCUGCCCGGUACCAAGAACUUUUGACGAAGCGAAAACAAGCUUUAGCUACGAAGCAAGCCAAAGCCGAGCGAGCAGCACACGAGGCAGAGCUGCAAAGGAAAGCCGCAGCCGAGGGAGAAGCGCAGGCACUGGCGGAGCAAGCUCAGAAAGCGGAAGCCGAGCGAGCAGCACAGGCACUGGCGGAGCAAGCAAAGAAAGCAGAAGCCCAGCGAGCAGCGCAAGCACUGGCGGAGCAAGCAAAGAAAGCCGAAGCCGAGCGAGCAGCACAGGCACUUGCGGAGUUUAAGAAAGCCGAAGCCGAGCGAACAGCGCAAGCACUGGCGGAGCAAGCAAAGAAAGCCGAAGCCGAGCGAGCAGCGCAAGCACUGGCGGAGCAAGCAAAGAAAGCCGAAGCCGAGCGAGCAGCGCAAGCACUGGCAGAGCAAGCAAAGAAAGCCGAAGCCGAGCGAGCAGCACAAGCACUGGCGGAGCAAGCAAAGAAAACGGAACCGGCCACAGCAGUGUUGCUUCAGAAAGCAGAGCGAGUGCUCGUAGAGGCUAAGCAAAACCAGGGCGAACGUGAGGACACUUCAGCUUUGCUACAGAAGGAGGAGGAGUACGGACGGAAGCUCACUUCGGACGCAAGGCAGGCAGCACUCAGCGCCGACGUGCUUCGUUUGAACGCGCAAAAGCUCGCUGAGCAGGCAGAGUUAGCCAGGCAACAAUUCUUGGAAGCGUCCAAGAAAGCAGAGUCUGCUAGCAAGGCCAGAGCCGAGCAAACUGUGGUUGUGGAGCAGGCACAAGCUGAAGCCGAGCGAGCAGCGCACGAGCAAGCAAAGAAAGCCCAGCCACCGACAGCAGUCACGAAGGCACAGUCAACAGGGGUCACACCAGAACACCCGAGUGUCACUGCUCCUCCCGUGCGUACUUUGUCAACUCUAACCCUCGUGUCCCCGGACGCCUCGGCAGCCCUGGCAGCGAAGCACCCCGGUGUCCUCAACACUCCGACGAAAGCUGACGACUUUGAGUUGCCCGAGCUGAGCAACGAGGAAAAGGCCAAGUACAAGACUUUCUGGAAUCGGCUUCGAUCUGCAUCCUUCGAGUCUUUGCCCGCCAGUGACACAGCUGCACCGGCAACUCCGAGCUCUGACCUUGUCAAGAACCUCCAAACCGAUCCGGGUGCGAUUGAAGCAAUCGCCAAGCUGAUCGCAGAUAUGCAAAAGCAGACUGCCGCACCUUCGACCCCUGCAUCAGCAAGUGUCGCAGGGCCAACGACACCACAGCCUCCGCCACCAGCGCCCGCGGCAGCAGCAGGAGAAUAUUACAACUGGACCGACAUCUUGGCGUUCCACAACGGCGACUUGCAGAAGGCCAACAGCUUCGUGCAAAUGCGCCGUGGUCAAAGCAAAGGGUCCGGAGACAUGAAUUGGCUGGAGUUUUGGUCCCAGGCCAAGAAUGAGGACUGGGGGUCCCACCCGGUACAGUCCUGGGACGAAAGCAGCAGAGCGACCGCAUACGGCAUCACGAUACAUGGGGAUGAGGGGCAGUCGAAGAGGAAGAAGAACAUGCUCAUUUUGAGUUGGAGUCCUCUGGCUAUUAUCCAAUCGGACUUUUUCGCCUACGACACCGCUGGGGUAAAUGUUUCGCUUCAACAGUUCCAAAGCGAUUUAGCAUGCUCGCUCCGGCAAUGCGCAUCGCCUGACAACGGUUUGGGCCAUACUCUCCACAUCAUUGGGGGGAAAGGCGAUUGGAAAUGGAGAGUGGAAUGGUUAUUGCAAUCACGGCACUACAUGAAGGUGCAGAGCACAACAGAUGGCGUGUGUCCGAGAUGCCUAUGCACUCGCGACACGUGGCUAGACGCGGAGGAGCGUUUUAAUGCACCGGCCGACUUGCAAACAGCACGCUUGACCGCUGUGGGCGACAUUCCGCUUAAGACGGUGCCUGGCUGGCAGCCGGAAAUGGAAGUUCCAGAUUUGCUUCACACGCUCUGGACAGGAACGGGCCGGGACUUGAUAGGCAGUCUGUGCCUUGAGGUCGUCGAAAAAUCCGGCCUAUACAGUGGUAGCACCUACGACGAGCGUUUGCGGGGACUCCGGCGAGACAUGCAAUUAUGGUGCUCUGACAACAACAUUCGGCCAUCAACAAUCGAGGAGUUGAGUGCCUUGGCUUUCACUGGGGAGCACUUUUGGAUUUGGUGUCGUAUGCAACAGAAAAAAAUUUGA